CUCUCGUUCCAUAGUUUAUUAGUGCCGUAAUGUACGAUCAUCAAUAGCCGAGUCUACUUUUUCUUUAACUCAGGGUGUCGCGACGCCUACAUACUUCUCCCUUGACUUGGGGACAGAGUAAGCGCCGUUGGCAGAGACUCGAAGUAGCUAGCUCGUGCAGGUGGCCAUUGCCACUAAUUCACUCUUGCGGGUCCUUCUCAACAUUUGUGCCCCUAUGGUCGGUGACCCGCUAUUGCAAAUUGGAGCGCACCAACCGGACAGGAUCUAGAAUAAUGUACGAAGACGAAAGCUGCGCUUUCUUCCACCCCACGAAGCAGCUAUGGUGGCUCCGUGGCUUUGGCAUUUUGCCGCUAAGCACGAGGUCAUGGGUAUAAUUCCCGGCUGCCGCCGCCGCAUUGUGACGGCGGCAAGAAUGCAAAAAAAAAAAGGUCCUGUACUUAGAUUUCCGGGCACGAUAGAGAGCCCAACGGGACCAAAAUUAGUUCCGUAGUCCUCCACUACGCCAGCUCUCGUAGCUGAAGUGUUGCUUUGGGACGCUAAACCCCGUCUGACAACCGAUCGUACAGUUCCUGCCCCGUUACGGGCUGAGAUUUGUAAUAUUAUGGAACGCCAACCAUCCCGGUUCCGUACUCUAGAUGUGAGGGUAUUGAGCUGAAGCGAAUCGGGGGUGUUGCUAGGAGUUUGUUUUUGCAGCGCCUUGGAACUGAGCACCUCACGCUUACCCGCAUAUGGAUUAGCGCACCCGUCGCAUGAAUCUACCACAAACGAGUCGUUGACCCGUGGUAUGAAUCUAGGCAAACAGGCGUAGGACAGCUCGAAGCUACGGUAUGUGUAGUCUACGCUUCAACGUAGUAGAUCAUUUCUUUUCCGAAGGUGCGUAACGAAUGACAAGGAAGCCUAGCGCAGUGAUUCAUGAACUCAAGAAGUCAAAUAAGAGCGCCCCGCUCGUCGAAGUCGACAUUGUAAGAAUAGACCUUCUGCGUUCGUGUCAGUCUCUCUCGUCACCUACAUACUUGGUGUGGAACUCCGGAGCCAAAUCAAAGACAUUUAAGCCCAUAUAAUGUCGAGGCAGUGUUGUCCUCAAAAUAUGUCUCCUGCUAUCCGAGGAACACUUAUUCGCAGUCGUCUAGAUAUCUUCAAUAUCUUGAACACGAUGCAAUGAACUUGCAACAGCUGGAUACGCAAAAGAAUAAAUUAAAAAUAUAACAGAAAUAAACCACUUUAUGACAUCGCAAUCGACUAGAUCGGGCUACAUUAUAUUUUAUUCCUCGCCCGUUUCGCAACGGGCGGGUUUAAGAGUUGGAGCUAUAAACAAGUCCUUGCGGGCGGACGCCUUCACUCCACUCCAGUAUAUACGUGUGAGCAGGAGAGUAAAAAAAAAGAAACAAUCAGAAAAAUAGAAGAAUAAAAAAAAAAUGCUAUCGAGUCACGAACGGCCUGCGCACUGGCAGACGGAUCAGGUAUCAACGCGCUGUAAAUCAAAUCAAGCCGGCGGUGCUCCCGCAAGUUCCCAGCUAUACGUAACGGGCGCUAGCGCGGCACAGCAGGCUCGCUCUAAUACCCAUAAAUAUCUCGCCGCGAGGGAGUUUCGCCGGAUGUCUGCGCUUGAAAUCGUCGUAGCGGCUGGCAACGCCUCACCCCACUGGACAAAACACGCGCGCGCGCACACGCACACAGACAUAGAGGUAACACGUACAUACGUGUAAGCAACGAACGCGCGCGCACACAAACGUCCACGUACACGAAAGGUGGCUUUAUGUCUCCCUUUUCUUUUCCGUCUGUCCAUCUUCUCCCCGUUUUCCCCAUUUCUCGCUUCCUCGCCUUCGCGCCGCCACAACACUUCGAACGAGUCCCGCGGCCUCUUUUCUUCAGUUCCUUCCACCUCAAGACUGAGACAAACAUAAAAACAAAAAAAAAAUAUCAGCGCAAAGCGAAGCAACGGCAAAGUAAAGAUUAAAACACGAUGGAAAAGGAACAAAAGAACGGGACGAGGAGCUGUGGGAUCCGGAGCCAGCACGGACGCAUGCGCAGCGAGAGGCGGCGGUUUGUGUUGCCCCUAGCAACGACCUGGACAAACAGCGGGACCGAAGCGCCACCAUUCGCCACCACGGUUGCGGCCGCGGCUGGAAUUAAAACAGUCCAAUCCAGACUUCGGCCCGAGCGGCCCGCUCGACGCGCGCGCGCUCGCCGACACCUGUCUGGACCGAGGAAUCGAUUCGCCAACCUCCAGUUCUUAUUUGAUUUUCAUUUAUUUUUGUUUUUAAAUCUUCGCUCGCACCCAGUGACUGUCUUUCGCCGCACCACUUGUGACUUCUCGUUCUUCGAGGCGGACGACAAAACGAAAGAAAAGUUUGUGAGUUUCUGAGCGCCCCGCCAAGUUCUCGGCACCAUCUUUCACUUCGAGACAUCGGCCUUCGCGUCGCUUCGUCAACGAGCCGAACACGCACGCACGAACACUGUCUCCGACUGCUUGUGCAUCGUGCCGUGUCGAGCCGACCCCAUCUUGCUUGCUCCCUCACUGACAAGUAUUUCCCGAUCUUCGGAAACGACUCCUCCGCAAAAAUCCCGGCGGCUACGUGGAGUGAGCAAGGCGCGAAAAGAAAGUAUCAACAGGUGGCAUUGCGGCGCCCGAAUUUCAUCCAGGUUGUGUGGGACCUGGGGUGCGGGUGCGCGUUCUACCUGGUGCAUUACGCCGUGUAUCCGCACGUUCAGCCCCUGUUAUCGUCACAACUGCCUUUCACGAGCUCUUUUCGUCAUGAGAACAAUGAUCACUGCCAUCUGAAAAAGAAAGAGUCCGAGAAAAGGCCACUCUUUAAGUGAGCGGGGCACCGAUGGGACGUUAAAAAAGCAAACAUCGGAGGGCACUGAAUAAAUGUUUUGCUCUGAGGUGGCGCUCUGGGGAGUGAUUUCGACAGCGAUACCGAGGCGACGCUAACAGUGCGCGAGUGAAGGGUUGCCAGCGACUGUGUGGUGCGACGCAGCUCGGCACUGGAACGUCGAAGGAGGAGAAACCUGUGGAGCUUUCCCGCCACGCUACGGCGCGGGCGCACUCCGCGUUCGCCACCGCUGUGCGGCUUACGAAAGCGCAGUCAUCAGCAGAAAGGGGGCUUCCCCGCAGCACUCGGACGUUCCUCAACCUAGUCUUGCUACAUUUUUGGGCACCGCGCUUCUUUCCUCUGUCCUUCGACGCUGGCUUGGCACGGAAAAAGACGCAAGAGAACAUCACAAGUGCUCGGGCCCGCAUCGAGGACAGGACCUGCUCGCAAGGAUUGAUCGCGGAUUGAGCCCACACGUGGCACGGAGCUGAAGGGACGAGGCCACUGUUGUGUCAAGGGUUCUACCGUGGCAGUGAGAAAAGAAGGGAAGAUCUUGAGCGUGAGCGCAACAUAGGAGAAUGAACACUUCAAGAAACCACGGCCCGUUUCAUCGUCUGAAGGUUCUCACAUAGCGCGGCGUGCUGCUGAAGUGCGGGCUUUUUCUUCCCGCUUAUGCCUCACCAUGAACACGUGACGGUCAGCGUAAAGCAGCUCUGCCUGCCAUUGGAAGCACUUCACGACCCUCUUUGUUCGUUUCCAUCCGCUGCGGCGCUCGUGCGAUCGUUACACACCUUAAAUAACCGACGCACCUUCUCCAUCCACUGAACAAGUCGCCUUCUCUCUGGACACUCUACGAAUCGGCGUGAAAUUCGGUAACAGCUGUUUCAUUUGUAAGAAUCUGACCUUGCAGGCCUUAUCCGUCCCGUUGCCUUUCUCCACGACCACAAGCAUCAUCAGCAUAUUUUCACGUUCAUAUCACCCUUCGCGCUCUUUUCCUUCCAAACUAAACGUAAGCUCGACACUUAUGCAAGAUAUUCACACUACCCGAAACGACCACGUCACCUGACGCUUGUUUAGAAGCCCACCGCACUGCCCCUACAACGUACGUUCGUUUAUUCGUCAAGAUGUCGUGCAAGUGCCACGGAGACUCUCACCUCGACCAGUGAGUAAAGGCAAGAUUCUUCACGGACGCGCCUGCUUUGUCGGCUCACCCAGCGGACAGGCUUCGAUGCCCGCGAACAGUUUGCCCCUCAGUACGCUUAAUGUACACUUCCCUUCGUCCAAGCCGCCAGCGCUAGUAUUUCACCAGGUUGAACCAGGCUCUAUGUUCCUCUUCAUUCAAGCCUUCGAACAGUAGAUUUCAAGUCCAAGUGACCUACUUACACCCAAAAUGCCUUCGAGACUCACUCAAUGGAGACCACAAAAAGCGAUGAGCCAGGCUUUACCUUCGCAUCCUAUCUGAUCAGAAGAGGACAUCGGUCAAGACAUCCAUCUGCUCACGCCUUCAGUCUUCUUUUGUGUUGUUAUCAGAACCUGUUUACGUUGUUCUGGGGAAGCCUUCUGAAAGUGUGACACUCAGUGCAGAACAGCUUGACGAGGGGCUUGCGGGCUACGGCCCCGUGAACAUGACCUGAAGGAAACGGGGAUACACUCGCGUUCCAACCCAGCCAGCCCUCCCUUGGUGGUGCGCGCUCGGCCGACACGUGACCUGGCGGAGCCAUGCCUGCGCGAAAGGGCUUGCUCGCACCCCAGAACACUUUCCUGGACACCAUCGCGACCAGGUUUGAUGGAACUCACAGCAACUUCGUGCUGGGCAAUGCACAGGUGCCGGCGCUGUUCCCCAUCGUGUACUGCUCAGACGGUUUCUGCGAGCUGACGGGCUACCCGCGGGCGCAGAUCAUGCAGAAGGGGUGCGCCUGCGCCUUCCUAUACGGACCCGAGACCAAGGAGGAAGCGAUACGCGAGAUAGACGACGCCCUCGAGAACAAGACCGAGCUCAAACUCGAGGUCAUCUUCUACAAGAAGAAUGGCAGCCCGUUCUGGUGCCUGCUGGAUAUCGUGCCCAUCAAGAACGAGAAGCACGAAGUCGUCCUUUUCCUGGCAUCGCACAAGGACAUCACCAAGUCCAAGAUGGCAGAGAUCGAGACGGACGACGCGGACGAGACGGCCGAGCUCGAUGCAAACGGCAACGUGGAUCUGGACGGCUGCGUGCAGAGCAACAACUACCAGAGGCGACGGAGUCGGGCGGUCCUCUACCAACUCUCUGGUCACUACCGCCACGAGAAGAAGAUGUCCAAGCUCAAGCUCAACAACAACCUGUUGCACUCGACGGCGCUGCCCGAAUACAAGACGGCGGCCAUCAAGAAGUCCCGCUUCAUCCUCUCCCACUACGGCGCCUUCAAGACCUGCUGGGAUUGGCUCAUCCUAGUCGCCACGGUCUACGUCGCCGUCGUCGUGCCUUACAGUGCCUGCUUCGGCGAGAUGCAGAGCCACACCGUGCAACAGCAGCAGCGGCGGAUGGCUCUGAUGGCGGCGGGCCUGAACGAGAGCUCGCUGCUCGAGCUGGUCGCGAACUUGAACGGCAGCAUCGGGGCGGCCGCGGGUAAUGGCGGCGGUGUCCCGGCGGGGAGUGCGCUGCCGCCGCCAGCCGCGGAGCCGCAGCUGGACGGCAACAGGACAAUCAUCUCCGACGUCAUCGUCGAGGCCAUGUUCAUCAUCGACAUCGGCCUCAACUUCCGCACGACCUUCGUGAACAAGAAGGGCGAGGUGGUGGCCAAGCCCAAGUCGGUGGCCCUCAAUUACCUGCGCGGCUGGUUCGUCGUCGACCUGCUGGCCGCGCUGCCCUUCGACUUGCUCAACGCCGCUGGACUGUACAACAGGGACAACCAGAUGUACCUGCACCUACUGAAGCUGACGCGGCUGCUGCGACUUGCGCGGCUGCUGCAGAAGAUGGACCGAUACUCGCAGUACAGCGUGGUGGUCCUCACACUGCUCAUGCUCAUGUUCACACUCGUCUCGCACUGGCUCGCAUGCAUAUGGUUUGUCAUCGCCGUCCAGGAGAUGGAGUCAUACCCAAACAACAACAUCAGUUGGUUGAACCAGCUUUCCAUGAAGUUGCAAUACGACGUGCUGCGACCUCUCGACAUGGCCGCCACGUACAUCACGGCGCUCUACUUCACCACCAGCUCGCUCACCAGCGUGGGCUUCGGGAACGUAGCGGCCAACACAAACGCCGAGAAGGUGUUCUCCAUCCUGACCAUGCUCAUAGGAGCGCUGAUGCACGCCGUGGUGUUUGGGAACGUGACGGCCAUCAUCCAGCGCAUGUACGCGCGGCGGUCGCUGUACCAGACCAAGCUGCGGGACCUGAAGGACUUCUUCCGGCUCCAUCAGCUCCCCAAGCAGCUGCGGCAGCGCAUGAUGGACUUCUUCCAGACCACCUGGUCGCUCAACAACGGCAUCGACCCGAGCGACGUACUCCGCGAAUUUCCCGACGAGCUACUCGGCGACGUGUCCAUGCAUCUGCACAAGGAGAUCCUCUCGCUGCCCAUCUUCGAGCCGGCGCCGCAGGGGUGCCUCAAGCUCCUCUCGCGACACGUGCGCAGCAACUUCUGCGCACCCGGCGAGUACCUGGUGCACAAGGGUGACGCCCUAUCCUACAUACACCUCGUCUGCAACGGUUCCAUGGAGGUGCUCCAGGAGAGCAUGGUCGUCGCCAUCUUAGGCAAGGGGGACCUUGUGGGCAGCGACAUUUCAUUGACGGCCGGUACGGAGACCGUCAUGAAGUCAAGCAGCGACGUCAAGGCCCUGACCUACUGCGACCUCAAGUGCCUUUUCAUCCCGGGCCUGCUCGAAGUGCUCAAGCUAUACCCGGAGUUCGCGGAAAGCUUCUGCCACGACAUCGUGCACGACCUCACCUACAACCUGAGGGAAGGCUACGAGAACGAGGCGGAAGAAACGAACGGCGUGUGCUCGCUAACCCUGCCGUCGAUAUCUGAGGACGACGAGGAGACGGGCAGCGACGAGACGGCGCCGGGCUCGCCGGUGUCCAACGGCCAGGAGACCGGCGCCAAGCUCAAGGAGGACACGUGGGAGCCGCCCGCGGCCACCGUGCCCGGCCGCACGCCUGCGGCGCCGGCGCCUCAGGUGGCCGCGGCCGGCCGCACCGAAGCGGCGCCCUUCGCUCGGCGCACGUCGGCCCUCGGCUCGCCCUUCCGGACGCCCACGUCCGUGGCCAUGGAAAAGCUGCGACCCAUCGCCACAUUGCCGCAUCUAGGCCGCUCCGUGGAGCUAUUCGAGCUUCGCGACGAGAUGGAGCAGCUCCGGGGCAGCGUGGAGCGGCUGGACGCGCAACUCAAGAGCGUCUCCCAAGACGUGGGUGGCCUGACGCAGGAGCUGCGCGCCAGUGCCCGUCUCCUUCAGCAGCUGUGCAGCGGGUGCGCACAGCUGGCGACGCGGUCGCCCGGCACGCCGCCCGGAGGCGUCAAGCUGCCGCCGACGCAGCAACAGCAGCAGCAGCAACAGCAUCAGACGCCGCUGGGCUCACCCAACGGCCUGCUGCAGAGCCCGCCGCCUUUCGGCUCGACGACGCCGCAGUCUCAGCUGCGCGUGUCGCAUCAGGGCUCCCAGACGGACUGCAGCCUUCUGGAAGAGAUGCUCAUCAAGAUGGCCGACUCGGGCUCGCCUCCCCCGAACUCGGGCUACUCCUCGGGCUCGUCCAACGAGGAGAGGGUCAAGUUCAUCAUCGGGCAUCCGUCGCCGCGCCGCUGCAUCGCUUCGUCGUCAGAGGACAGUGCCCUGCUCAGUGUGUCCAGGGACCACCUCGUGCCGUCGGCCACUCUGUCCUCGCGCUCUUGGCAAGUGUCCACCGAGUUCUCGGAGGUGCCGGCGUCGCCCGGGAGGUCCGACCACGUCAUCGAUGUGGAAGAAUCCCUGCGCCGGAGGCUCUCGACGGAACUGUAACCAAUGUAUGCGAUCGCACAGCUGUCCUUCGCCACCCGUCCAGCUCUAGUCAGUGGAGAACCGCGCCUUCGUGGCGGCCCCGACAGCUCGCGCGGACCCUCUCGGACGAGUCUGACUGGCUUGUAUUGUUUCUCGAGAGAUUCUGUCGGGGAAACAAUCAACCGGACCACACUCGAAGAAGAUCUCAGCGCUGCAUAGCGCAGGACCUGUAGCCCCCUGUGGGCUGCGGUAUAACUUUUUUUAGUAAGCGGCGUUGCUUUUACCUUAGAUUCAGACCACGCGCUUUGCGCUUCGUUCCAGUUCCAGCAAGAGAAAAAAAGUGCGACAUCGCACGAGUGUUAUGGCAUCGCGGAGUUUUCGCGACGUUCAGCCCCACCGCACUUGCUAGUACCAGGACAACAGCUCAUCUCUAAGAGCAUCACUGCUGCUUCCCGCAAGAGACCAAAGCGAUGCUAUGGCGCAUUUGCAAUUAAUUGCUCGGCACCACCAGAGAAAGCUUUCACUGACAUGACGUCGUCUUCGUUUUUUAUCAUUGCAACAUUGCUGGUACAGCUCAGGCACGCCGAAGUAGGGUGCGUCGAUGCGCAGUCUUUGUUUUGUGCUGCAGCUAGCAAAAGCGUUUCACCCUCGUUCCAGUAUUAACAGCGCACUUGCUCAUUUGGUCGCACGGCGAACAACUGCGUCACGAUCGCGAUGGCAAGACCGGAGCGCUAGGCCUCUCAAGUCCCCGCGGUGACUUCAGUGUGCGUGUGUGCUCUGUGCGUCUCAAGCGCGGCCGACUCCUCCGCAGGGAACUCCUCGAACGCUUGCUUUGCUUUACGCUGCGAUCAAGGCUGCUUCCGUCGCUGACUUUUCUGCGUAGAGCAUCGCACCCACGCUGCGCUUCGGGCUGCGUACGGCACGGGCCUCACGUUCGAGGACCUCGCCUGCCUGCGCCUACGCUAUGUAGACUGCUGUGAACGUCCCCGCUCCAUGCAAGGCCCUGCUGUAAAUAACCUCAACAGAGUUGCAGAGGGAAGGAGGUAUUGGACACAAGUGACUUCCGCGGACUUGCCUACUUCGUUCUAUUCCCCCUGUGUCUGUCGUAGCAGCAGGUUUCCAGUCUUCUUUCGCAUAUGCAGCUGAGCGAAAUUAUCGGGUAAGCCGGCAUGUAACGCUGGCAGUCAGCAAUAUACUGGGUCGGUCACAGAAGAAGCGUCGUUUUUUGUAAUAUGCAAAUCGAGUGUUCUUUUUUUUUUCUUCCCUCCUUUUGUGCUACGCUCUUGUGUUUUUGCAAACGUCUGCUGUUGUACCCGCUUUCUUUGACAUCGUUACGUUUAUCACACAUGGCUUGACAUUUUUUUUUUUUUUUUUCAGGAAUCAUAUCUGUAAAACGAAGCUUUGACGACACCCCCGGACUGUUAGGUGGCUGUACUUAAGUAGCAAUGACAAUGCGGCAACAAACCGCGCAGACGGCGCCAAUAUAAAAAAUGGUGAAUAGAAUGCAGAGUUUUUUUGCUUUCCAACGUGGCACCUUUGUUGGUACUUGGUUUCUGGCCUCAGAAAUAGCGUUUAUAUCAGCAAAGCAGAAUUGAAAGUGGUCGUACAUCUGAACAUACACUUCACAAUUGAACCGAACAGCCCGUGAUGUCUGAAAACGGCUAAGCUGAAACAAGCAGUAGUUCAGCAAUUUGUCCAGAAUUUUCCGCUAGUACUGCCAGCCGCUGGAAAUAUUGAGGAAAACUUCAGAUUCCCCCAUACUCUUAGCGAAGCACCUUCGGCCCACUAUGCCCGUCAUAUCUUGAGCGCGGUAGAUGAUUACACAUAACACUAGCGUGCUGUUAACUAGAUCAUACGACGCACCCUCGGACUUAGUUGCGGUGCUGGACUCUGAUGAGGACAGCUGAAGAAAGCGUGGUCACUGAAAAUGAGUAUCUCCUGGAUAUUCGAAAUGCUGUCCAUCGAAAAAAAAUUCACUGAACGGAAAGGGAUAAGUCGCAGUGUAAGUGGGCAAAGCGUUCAAUAAUAGAUUUCAAAGCCAUGUCUCACGCAAUAUCUGCUUCGUGUCUAUGCUUGCGUGUACGACCUGUGUUUGUAAAGUGCUCAGAGCGUCGUCCAUUACCAAAAGCACUAACAUGUAGUUCCACCGUGAAUGUGCAGACGUAUAUGUAAAAAACAAAAGUGAAUUCUUUCUCCUAAUGCUUGCGGUACUGGACCAUCAUGUCACGAAUUUCAAAAUACAACCAAACGGAACCGCGAGAUAUCUGAAUGAGAAUGCGUCUUUGAACUUCAGGAAUCUAAUAACCGAACACCUCACAUCUAUUACUACGUCUUCCCAUAUCACUAAUUCCUCGAGCAUGUGUUAUUCUUCUGUCACUCUCAAACUGUACUCCGCCUGUUUACACUACAAAAGUCACAUUCUUCUAGCAGUACUUUUUGUUUUCAAUGUGUACGUUUAAACGUUCUGACUUCGAUAUGCUUCCCAAUAGAGAACAUUUAGGUGGAUGCACCGAUGGAAUAGUGUUAUUUUUCCCUUGACAAAGCGCCACCUCACGGUUAUGACAAUGAAUUAUUCGCUUUUUACGUAUUAGGCAUUAUGUUCAUAACGCAGGAGUACACAACGGCGUUUCUCACAAUGCUGACUAGCUAGUACCGCAUUGUUUAUGAUACAACAUGCAAUAUAAUACAAGAUUUAGAAUUCGUUUCUUGCAAUGAAAGGAAUACUCGCUUAUUCAAACGAGUUCUGCCCAAUCAGAGACAUCAAGAUACAUUAUUUGGAGACAUCAAAGCAGCAAACUGCAAAACAGCGAGCACUAAGCUUUCUUCAAUUCCGCGGAAGUCACUUGUGUCCAAUACCUCCUUCCCUUCUCUCCCUUCCCCUCGCCUCGCUUUCCAACCCUGUUCUCUUUUAUGUUCACUCCAACAACAUACUGUUAUAUGGUGGAAUAAUGUGUGAGUUAACCAAUUCAGACCUAUCGUCACUACAUGGAAUAAAAUUUCACCUUCGGUUGCUCCGCGAUGCAGAUCGUCGUGUUUUGCAGAACAUGUAGCUGCCAGAUGACGUUUCGUAAUCGAAGAAGCGGAACUUAAAUUUGUAUUGCACUUAAGAGGGAAGGUUCAGCUCUGUUGCUCCUAUCAAAAUACAUGUAAAAGGAGAAUUCGUUUUUCUCGCCAACCACUGCACCAUAUUUGACGAGGUGUGUUGCACUUAAAACAAAACUUAAAAUCUAGUGACUGUUGGUUUCGAAUUUUCGUUUUAGGACGUCAAUUCGUUAUAAAAAAUUCGCGAAAAUUGCAAAUUCUUAGAAAAUACUGUUAUUAAGUUUACAACUCUAACUCAGCAAUGAAAAAUGAUAUACCAAUUCUGUUAAUUGCGUCUAAUAGUACAUCUAAAGCGGACAAAAUUGAUGUGUUACACAUGAAUACCAAGAAAGUUUAGUAAUAUGGAAAUACAGCUUUUGCACAGCCCUUGUAGAUAACGUCACGAAUUCAAGUAAGACAUAAAUUGACAUAUCGAAUUUGUCCGCUUUGAAUGAUCUAAUAGAUGCCGUUUACAGAAUCGGGAUAUCUGUUCUUCAUGCAGAGCUAUUAGUUUGCAAACUUCGUGCUUCUAUUUCUCCUUUUUUUCGAACUUUAAAAUUUUCGCAAAAUUUUUUAGCCAAAUUCCGGCCCUAAAUCAAAAUUCCGCUUCCAACGGGAACCAGAAUUUAACUUUCUCUCUGAAAUGCAACAAAUUCCAUUAAAAUCAGUCCGGGUGUUAUCUCAGAAAAGCGUUUUCGCGUUUUACAUGUAUUUGAAUAGGCCGCGUCAGAGUUAGGCCUGAGCUAAAGCUUACUCUUCAGUACUAUUUUGUAGUUUUUCAUUCAGUAAUCUGCAUUAUUUAGCAUUACAACUUCACGAGCACGCUCAUGCUAGCCGUGACGGCAAAUUGCAGGGCUGCCUCUAUGGGUAUACGGCAAGCGAGACUAGAUUUUGUUUGCCAUCAUUGCUAUUCAACAGAUCAUACAGGACUAACGACACAGACUUUUCACGACACAGUACGUACGAGUAACAACAAAACCAUAUAUAACUCGCGUAGUCAAUCAUGAUUGCAGUGCACCAUUCUACUUCGCCACAGUGAAUGUUCAAACUUAAGUUAUCCUUGGUUACACCUUUACAACCUAGGUUCCGCCUUUAGAAAUAUAGUACAUCAAACGUUUUCUCGCAGAUAGUCACAACAUUUGAUGAAGCAGCUGGUGCCUGAUCUUCAUUUCGGAUCUCAACAAGUAAAAAAUGAUAAUAAACAACACAGUCAUUGCCCUUCAUAUAAUGCCGCGCACUGUUAUCAAAACAGACAUUCCUGUUCAGGUGUAAAAAGCUUUAUUUGCGCUUGGUUCACUUUCGUAGGAGAGAUGUAUUCCUUAACGACGAGAAACAUCACGAAGCACCGAAUCGUGUAUGUAAACGAAUGUACCUCGUUAAUAGUGGCAGCUCAUACCACCGUUGUGCACUGAUAGACAAUCAACCUUGAAUGCGAGGCGGAAUUAAAAAAGUAAUUAAUUUCAAGACGGAGUAAAUGCUCGACACGCAAGAGACUGACGACAUUAAAUGAGUUCUGUUUGGUCGCUUUGCUUCUUUAAUCAAAGCGAAGAGAGCUUUACCCUAGCAGUAUCUUGGACCACACCAAAAGAAAUCUAUAGUGUGUUGCAAAAGUUUCAAAGCUACUGCAUGGGUAGCGAAAGCUACCGAUUUCAAUUAAAUGCUCAUAGAGUGAAGACAAUGGCGUCCUUCAUAUGCCUAUUUGCUUUACUUCCGUCUUUAUUCCAUAGACAGUAAGUAUAAUAUGAGAUACAAAGUCAUAAAUAUGUAAGUAUGCAAACUGCACAUAAACAGUCUGUGGCACUAUGCUUUUAUUAUGAUAUUGCACACAGGAUGUAUAUAAGGUGCAUAUGACGCUGGAUACCUUGUGCAUCAAACAAAAGUAUUUCCACGCGAAGAAAAAGAUGCCUUUAAAUAGCCGUAGACAAAUUUUAUGCGAGUGGACAGCUCUGGUCACGUAUGCAGUGGGCUCGAAACGUUCGUCAAACACUGCACAUAAGAAAUGAAGGGCUGGCCUUUUCAGAUCAUCGGGCAUCUUGUUGACAUCACAAAUCCAGGCCGAUCUCAGACGUGGUUAUUUAACUAGCCUUGUCAUGGCAGGCAAAUGAUAACCAUACUAAACCCGCGGACUACUUUUCGUGGCUAUGUAGAGAGAGUUACGGAGGCAAAGCGCGCACACAAGCGAAAGCGCUUCUGAAAAGAGCCCCGCCUUUUAAUUUGUUUCAGUUUACGGUGGGGAAGAAAAAACAUAAACACCUUAUUAGUAACAGCUAGAUAAGGCAGAAGACACCACUUAGUGUAAAGGUUUACUUAUUUUGCGGCUUUUUCCUGCUGCGCCUGGGGAAACGCAAAACCGUCGCACGUGGAAGCUGCUUCGAUUCGGCGUCUGUUCCGAGCAACCAAAAGCACUGUCAAACGCUGCCGGACUACUUGGCGCGGUAACACUUGUGCAGCAGCCACGCGCCUGUAGCUUCCCCUUCAUAGCCACAGAAAGUUGUCCGCGAGUUUAGCGGCUCCCAAGCGUAGAACAUGGAACAGGACGUGAGUCAGCUCGUGCAGCUUUCGCAGAUACGUUGGCGCCUAAACAGCCGUGCGCUUUUAGUUUACUAGCAACAUCUCGCUGUUUAUUUUGUUCCCGGGGAGUGGCAAUUUUCCUGGCAUGCGCAUCAACACUGUGAUGAGUUGAUCGAAAUGGACUUCGACUAAAGGAUACAACAUUCUUCCAAUUUUCCCCUCCACGCCUUCUAUUCACACCUCCUCCUCUAAGGUUGACGGCAAACAUAUUAUGCGCAGCUUGUUCUGAAAACCGCUAUUCUUAUCAUUGUGCACCGUGAUCGCUUCAACUUAGAUGAAACUACUUUUCCCUUUUGCCGAGGACGAUUCAACACGGUGUAGUGUCAUGCGCAGAUGCACAGCUUGGUAAAGUGCUUGUGACAGUGUGCGUAAGGGUAGGCAAGUAGCUGCUAUGAAGUCAUGUAUUUUCCAGAAGAUAGUGUCUUUCUUAUCUGCACUUGCGACGUAUCUCAGCAGUUGCAGGCGCAACGUAGAUUAAAGCAAAGACCACGGAGUACCCUCUCACGAAUGAGAAGGUACCGAAUGAAUUUGGAUCCUUGAAACAUAGAAUGCGCUUUCUGUCAACGUGCAGUCGCAGUCAUGGCCUUUCUUUCGGCAAAGCUUAGUACAUCGUUAAUGAUCUUUACAAUGUGCGUGAAAGUGUGAAGCCUCCUUGUCGAAUACGUGACGUGCGUGAGGUGUACAACACGUCUCAACAACGGUGCACGGUCAGUGAUACCCGCAAUAAAACGUUGUUCGGUUUUCAAGCUCAGCUACAGGCCUCACCGUAGAGCUCUCGUGAGACGACCCUAAACGAUGUCAUUAGGCGACAUGUGGUGUGAUACAAAGAGGUGUGUAAAAAAAAAAAGAAGCCUGUAUACUUAAGCGCACGCUGACGGAGUACGUACAGAGACACAUAUAUCUGAUGCGAGUGGCAAGAGUUGAAGACCUGCGUGCCUACAUGUUGGAAAGUCUUGGAAUGCUGCAAGUACUGUGCGUGAUUGUCAUAACAAAACGUGAAAUGUUCUUGCUUAUACUCAUGCUUUUCGCUUUAUUCCUUUCGAUCAUGAUUUCACAACCAGUCCGACGUUUUAUCUCUAGAUCUUUAUUUUCAACACCGUCCUAUCAUACCUUCUUUCCCUCUGUACAUAGACCGUCCGUUCUUCCUCGUCACUUAUGUACAACUCUAAAGAUAUCCACACAGCCCUCACGAUGCACGUUCGAGAGCACAUUUUCUUAGAUUUUUUUUCUCUUGACUAUUCUAUUUAGUGUUACCGUUUCCUGUUUCUUCUUCUCCUUCUUCAUCCUACUCUUUCAUGACGAACGAGCGGCGCGGGAGGAGCACCACAUUGCAGACGAUUUGUACGCGUCGGUUUAUCUUGCGAAUAAAACGUUCGAGAAACCGC